AACAUGCGUAAUUACCUUCUAUGAAUAGGGGGAAAAAAAUACACAAAACUCUUCGUGAGUGGAACAUGCGCAUUCGUCCUUAGUGGCUUUUUUCCUUGCUGAAAGUGAGCAUGCGCAUAGCGAAGAGGCGGGGCCUCUGAAGUUUGAACGGCACAGAAACGGCGGUCCCUGGGCUGUCAGUGAGUAGGAGUUCCUGGGGCCGGCUGGUUACUAGAUCAGUGGCCUUGGGAAAGUCUCAGGAGCUCUCGAGGCCUCAGUCGUCUUAUCUGUAAAACGAGGGCAGUGCCUUCUCUGCGGGUUUCAAAUUCCAUGUUGGAGUCUGGCUCACUAUCACUGUGACCCGGUGCUGCCUAGACCCGACGUGGGUGAGGGCUUUAUCAGAAAUCAUCUCUUCUUUGUUAAGCACCGAGAAGACCUGUUCUAAUCCGUCAUCUGCGCUUCCUUCUCCAAGAUCCCUCUUUCUGGCCAUCUUCCCUGUUGCUCAUUCUUUUGAGGGAACAGACUUCGUUUGCAGCUCAGCAUGUCAAUAGUGACAGUGCAACUUGGCCAGUGUGGCAAUCAGAUUGGUUUUGAAGUGUUUGAUGCUCUGUUCAGCGACUUGCACUGCUCCCAGGGUUUUUGCUCUAAGAAAGAGAAUGAGGCGUAUCAAGCAUCUUGCAGAGAAAGGUUCUUCAGUGAGGAGGAGAAUGGAGUUCCAAUUGCUCGGGCUGUACUCAUUGACAUGGAACCUAAAGUUAUUAAUCAAACACUGUCAAAGGCUGCCCAGUCUGGAAGAUGGAAGUAUGGUCAGCAUUCAUGCUUCUGUCAAAAGCAAGGUUCUGGAAACAACUGGGCAUAUGGUUACUCUGUUCACGGACCCAGGCAUCAGGAAUCAAUAAUGAACCUAAUCCAGAAGGAAGUGGAGAAAUGUGACUCUUUGAGUGGUUUCUUCAUCAUAAUGAGUAUGGCUGGGGGCACAGGAUCAGGGCUUGGAGCCUUCAUUACACAGAAUUUACAAGAUGAAUUCUCAAACUCUUUGAGAAUGAAUCAGAUUAUAUGGCCUUAUGGAACUGGUGAGGUGAUUGUGCAGAACUACAACUCCAUUUUGACUCUUUCUCACCUGUACCGAUCUUCAGAUGCCCUCCUUGUUCAUGAGAACGAUGCUGUCCAUAAGAUCUGUGCAAAACUCAUGAAUAUCAAGCAGAUCUCCUUUAGCAAUAUCAACCAAGUCCUUGCUCAUCAGCUGGGAAGUGUGUUUCAGCCCACUUACUCUGCAGAAAGCUCAUCUCACUACAGAAGAAAUCCACUAGGAGACUUGAUGGAGAAUUUAGUCCCCCAUCCUGAAUUCAAGAUGCUAGGCAUUCGCAACAUUCCUCAGAUGCCGGAGAACUCACUGGCGUACAGCGCGUUUACUUGGGCCGGCCUCCUCAAGCAUUUGAGACAGAUGCUCAUUUCUAAUGCGAAAAUGGAAGAAGGUAUUAAUUGGCAAGUACGGCCUCCUUUGUCAGGACUACCUCCCCUGGGCAGAGCGUCUGUGGGCAUGGAGCCACAUUUUAACACUUCCAUUGCUAACCUGGUCAUCCUUCGUGGGAAAGAAGCACACAGUGCCGAUCUGGAGGGCUUUAAAGAGCCAGCUCUCUACACAACCUGGUUAAAGCCUGUGGACGCCUUCAGCGUGUGGAGAACCCAGCGAGCCUUCAGAAGAUACGAGAAGUCUGCGGCGUUGGUCAGCAACAGCCAGUUCUUAGUGAAGCCACUCGAUACAAUCGUCGGCAGAGCAUGGAACAUGUUUGCUUCGAAAGCCUAUAUUCACCAAUACACAAAAUUUGGAGUUGAAGAGGAAGACUUUUUGGACAGUUUCACAUUAUUAGAGCAGAUUGUUGCCAGUUACUGUAACCUCUGAUUGUGAACCAAGGGAAAAGGACCCGAAGGCAUUCUGGGGAUGAAAAAAGGCAGAGUAGAAUGCUGAUUCCAUUCUGCUUGCUAUGCCCACUGAAAAGAGAACAUUUUAAAUGGAGAAUGUCAUGUUUCCCAUGAAAACAUCUACUUGGUAUGUAUUUUAUUUGCAAGAAAACAAGAUGGUGCUUCUGUGAAGAGCUCUGGAACACUGUGACGGGAUGGGAAUCCUGCAGCUCUCCAGGAAGAGGGGCGCUGCUGUUUGUCCCCAGGGGCUUUUCUCUUUACUCCAAAAAAGAUUCACUAAAUAGGAAAUACAUUUUCACAUUACAUCUUUAAGAAUUUGCAGUGUUCUACUUAAAUGCAACCUUGGAAAUGGAUGCUUUGACCACAAGAGGGAGAUGUUGUCACAGGCUACAGUGGGAACAUCUAUUUUUGAAUAUUCUGUAACAGGGUAAGAUUUUCCACUCUGCAGCUUUUUAAAAAUAAAUAUCAGGAUUUUGGUAAACACCGAUCAAACUGAAUAAGGAAAUGUACACUUUUUAAAAAUUUUCUUAAACGUUCUGGGUAUGAGAAAAUUGGUCAGGUUUUCUUGGGGGCCUUCAGGGUCGAUUUUUUCAGCUAUCGCCUUAAAGUUACCGAUGGGUGGGAGCCAAUCACAUGAUCUGCAGUAAAAUGGGAAGAGCUUUCGCCCAGAUUUUUCACUCAAUUGAGAUAACAGAAUUUUUACCAAGGAAAUCCCAGGCUUGAUGAAACUGACAUAUGCAGAUGUGGGCUUCACUCAGGAGGAAACAGGCUUGGAAACUGGCAGCUGAGCUGGAGGGAAAUGGUGUAUUUCAGUCAGACACAUCACAGUCAAUGCAUUAACAAACGUCAGCUGGGAAACAAAUAGGAACAUUUUCCCUUUCUGCCAAAUCUACUAGAAGUGACUUUUAGUUUUAUAUGGAAAAAUGACAGUUUUUAGCCUCACUGGUUUCUUCCUUUUCUUUCCAUAUGGAAAUGAUUACCUUUUUGUUGUUUUUCUUAUCUACUGUUGCUAUGAUUUAAAAAACUGGAUUCUAUCUUAUUUAUAAGGAAUGCAAAAAGUGGUCUGCUCAGCUGCUCAAAGGCACACCCCACUGCUGCAUUUUGGUAACCCAAGUCUUCUCCAAAAUAAUUAGAUCAAGGCCAGCGCUGUGGCGAAGCGGGUAAAAACACCACCUGCAGUGUCAGCAUCCAGUACGGGCGCUGAUUCAAGUCCCAGCUGCUCCACUUCUGACCCAGCUCUCUGCUGUGGCCUGGGAAAGCAAUAGAAGAUGGCUCAAGUCCUUGGGCCCCUGCACCUACAUAGGAGACUCGGAAGAAGCUCCUGGCUCCUAAUUGGCACAGCUCCAGCCAUUGCGGCCAUCUGGGGAAUGAACCAGCAAAUGGAAGACCUCUCUCUCUCUCUCUCUCUCUCUCUCUCUCUCUCUCUCUCUCUCUCUCUCUCCCUGCCUCUCCUGUAACGCUGCCUUUCAGAUAAAUAAAUCUUUUUUUUUUUAAAUUAGAUCAUACUUCUUACAAAACAAAGUUAAAGCAAUUGUUUAGCAUUGAAGAGAUCCAAAGAUUGAAGCAAUCUCCCAGAUCAACAGCAAUAAUGAGGAUCUAACCGAACGGCCUCACCAGCGGUUAAGCUGAUGCUAAGGAACCUUGCUAGAAGUUAAGCUUAAAGAAAGUCCUAAGUUGAAGCUCUCUGAUAUUACAGAGGGGAAUUCAUGACGUUCCAAUGGGGGGAGCACAUCUGUAAUCUGGCAGCUUUUAGAGUCCAUGGCAGAUGAAUAUUUAAAGGAAAAUUCAAUUAAGACAGAGUUGACCCUUUUUUAAAAAAUGACCAAGAGCUUCAUUUUUUUAUAUUUUUGGAUACCUAAAUAUUUGAAAGCUUGUUUUAAACAUUUAUUGGAAAACAGGGUAGAAGAUUAUUGUUGCAUUUUUUUAUUGGCCUAUUUGGGCGAUAUCAAAUUUGUGCUGUUAUUUCCCAUUAAAAUUAACAUAAGAAAGCUGAUGUCAAAGUUUUCUGAUAUGAAGUGGCACUGGAAAUAGCUGUGAUGUGGAGAAAACAGCCAGUCAGCCAGGAAAAGAUUCAUGUCAUGAACUCCUGGGUAUUCAGAUCCAGAAAACUUGGAAAAUGGUAUUUCCUAGAUUACUCGUACUGGCAGACAGACAUUAUCCUGGCGAGCCAGGGCGUGCCGCUGUGGGCCGGGGCAGGGUGGAAACGCAGACGGCUGCUUAGUUUCCGUCCUUCUCACUUGUCCACCUCUCCUGCUCGUGCCUUUCUCAAGGGCAUUUUACUCCAAACCGUAGAACCUGCUGCUCCCUGAGGAUUCCCUCCUGCUUCUAGCUUUGAGCUCCCCGCCCCCCGUACGUGACAUCUUUCUCCUAUAUUUCACCCGUCACUUGGAACUGAGUGUACCAGCAGUUCACCUCCAGCAGCCAAUGCGCUCAUUCAGCCAGGAUCCACUCAGUACAGGCACGGAACCAGAUGGUGAGGAUUCAGCGUUCAAUACCACGUAGUCUAAAUAAAGAAGCUACCACAUAGUAAGUUGCUUUGGCUAUCAGGAGUACAAUUCUAGCUUCCUAUCAGUAUUUUGCUUGUGAGACUAUUCAACAUUAAAACAAACAAACAAACAAAACAAAACAAAACAAAAAAAACAGGAGAAAAGAAUGUGGUUCAAGAAAAAACAAUGACCUGGGAGCUCCAGUCUGAGCUCUGGAUGGUGCAACCUCUCCCCUGGCCGUGCAGACUUGGCAGACUGCUCUGCAGUGUACACACCAGUGAGUCUUCUGACCACCAUGCUUUCACACUUGAAUUCCUGUCCAGAUUUUUUUGUUUAAAUACAUGCUCCAUGCGUCCCUAUCUGAGCCCAAAGCCUGGCAAUCAACUCUUCUGCCAUCUACCUAACAGAUAGUGCUUUACCCAGGAACUUGUCCUGGUUGGCAACAAUGCUUAACUGUAUCAAUGACAUUGUUUCUUAUUGGUUUUACGAAGAAAGUAAACUUAAAAGCCUGGUUUUAUAUUUUUAGCUAAAUCACUUCCUACUCCCUAGGCCCUGAAAUGGCUCAGCUGAUGCAAUGUCAGCCUUAUUAAUAGAUGGAAUCACAUUUUUGCAAGUAAGAAUGCUUGCACAAGGCAUUAAGGCAAACACAGAAACAUGUUGCAAUCUUCUGGGAAACACAGUGUUGGGUCAGUGUAGAAGAAAAUGUGGGGGCCGGCACUAUGGCGUAGUGGGCUAAGCUUCCACCUGCGUGCUGACAUCCCAUAUGGGCACUGGAUCUAGUCUCAGCUGCUGCGCCUCCUCCCAUCCAGCUUAUGGCCUGGGACAGCAGUGGAAGAUGGCUCUAGUCCUUGGGCCCCUGCACCAACGUUGGAGAUGGAAGAAGCUCCUGGCUCCUGGCCUUGGAUUGGCCCAGCUCCAGCCAUUGAGACCAUUUGGGGAGUGAACCCGUAGACGGAAGACCUGACUCGCUGUCUGUAACUCUGCUUCUAAAAUAAAUCAAUAAAAUCCUUAAAAAAAAAAAAAAAGACAAAGAAGAAGAAAAUGUGGCAUUCAAACUAUAAGAAAUGGAGAAGUGAAAGACCCAUCAUGGGGCUAGCGCUGUGGCACAGUGGGUAAAGCUGCCACCUGCAGUGCCAGCAUCCCUUAUGUGUGCCAGUUCAAGUCCCAGCUAUUCCACUUCUGAUCUAGAUCUCUGCUAAUGUGCCUGGGAAAGCAGCAGAGGAUGGCCCAAGUCCUUGGGCUCCUGCACCCACACAGGAGACCCAGAUGAAGCUCCUAGCUUUGGCCUGGCCCAGCCCCGGCCUCUGUGGCAAUCCUGGGGAGUGAACCAGUAGAUGCAAGAUCUCUUCUCUCUCUCUCUCUCUGCCUCUCCUUUAUAACUCUUUCAAACAAAUAAAUCACGUUUUUUAAAAAAAAGGAAAAAAUCCUCAUCAUUUAGGCUCUUGGGAGCCAGUAAAGCAGAAAGAUGGAAAGGAAGGUUGGGGAAGCAGUAAGGACCCAGAGACUGGCAGACUUCACAGUAUUUCACAAAGAUGUGGUGGUUUCUGAGUUGCAAGCUUUACCUAAUAAUGAAACAUCUAAGACUAACAAACAGGAAUAGUUUAAAAAGAGUAAGCUAAAUUACGUAUCACUUAGUAAAUAACUGUUGUAUCCACACUGACCUCUUUUGCCAAUGAUGGAGCCAAUAUGGUGGAUACUUCUGUGGCCCUCUUGUUCUAUUUAUUUAUGUGGUGAAAACACAAAAUUCAAACACUCUGUUAACCUUUAACUCUGUGUGGCUGGCGCUUACAUGUAAAAUAUAUAUUGGA